UGCGCCGACUGUGCCUCUGUGGUUUGCCGUUAUUCGUGGUUAUUCGCAAAAAUGGCGGCCGUGCUGGACGAGGUUGGCAAAUCCGCUGAGAAACUCGUGGACGAGGAGAAGAACGAAAUCGUCGACGAGGAAGACAAAACUGGAGCAGCAGAGGCGUCGAAGAAGAAAAAGAAGAAAAAAAAGAAGAAGAAGGCCGGUGCUGGAGAAGCUAGUGCAGAUGUGCCAGAAGGAGAAGAAGAUAAAGCUAAGGAUGAUGAUGCAGUGGCCGAAGGUACCACAGAGGUGACAGAGAACAACGGUGAAAUCGAAGAAGUCAAAAAGAAGAAAAAGAAGAAGCGUAAACCCAAAGAUAAGGGAGGGGUUAAGCAGCAGACAAAUCCACCGACUAUUCCUGUGUCGGAAUUGUUCCCGGAUGGUAAUUUUCCAGUGGGACAAAUAAUGGUUCACGGACCUGCCGGGGUAGACGACAGGAUGGCCAAAUUACGCUUCACGAGCGAGGAGGCACGCGCCCUCGACAGAAUGCAUAAUGAUAUUUAUAAUGAAGCCAGACAGGCAGCCGAAGCGCAUCGACAAACUAGAAGGCAUAUCAUGAACUGGAUCAAGCCGGGAAUGACUAUGAUAGAAAUUUGUAACGAGCUGGAGGAAACCGCUCGGAAAUUGAUAGGAGAGGAUGGUCUCCUGGCUGGAUUGGCGUUCCCGACCGGUUGCUCCCGCAAUCAUUGCGCGGCUCACUACACUCCAAACGCCGGUGAUCCAACUGUUCUCGAAUACGAGGACGUCACAAAGAUCGACUUUGGUACUCACAUUAAUGGGCGUAUUAUUGAUUGUGCGUUCACUUUGAUUUUUGAUCCCAAAUACAACCCGCUGAUUGAGGCUGUUCGCGACGCCACCAAUACCGGUAUCAAGGCUGCUGGUAUCGAUGUACAAUUGUGCGAUGUUGGUGCUGCUAUUCAAGAAGUUAUGGAAUCGUACGAGGUGGAACUGGAUGGUAAAACUUAUCAGGUGAAAUCAAUUAGAAAUCUGAAUGGCCAUUCGAUUUCACCUUACCGCAUACACGCCGGAAAAACGGUACCGAUAGUUAGAGGUGGCGAAGCAAUUCGAAUGGAAGAGAACGAGUUCUACGCGAUUGAAACUUUCGGAUCUACUGGUAGAGGCGUGGUUCACGAUGACAUGGAAUGUUCACAUUACAUGAAGAGUUUUGAUGCUGGUUUCGUGCCAUUGAGAUUGCAGAGCAGCAAGUCUCUUCUUAACACUAUCAACAAGCAUUUCGGUACUUUGGCUUUUUGUAAACGUUGGUUGGACCGCGUCGGUUGUACCAAAUACCAAAUGGCGCUGAAGGAUCUUUGCGAAAAAGGUGCCGUAGAAGCGUAUCCGCCGUUGGUCGACGUCAAGGGCUGUUACACUGCUCAGUUUGAGCAUACACUCGUUCUGCGUCCCACAUGUAAAGAAGUCAUUUCUCGCGGUGACGACUAUUAAAGCGCAACCAUUGUUUUACAUGAAUUAUUAUCGGAUGUCAAGAUGUAUUUUAAUCUCGAUGUAACAUCAUUAUCGAAGCAUCGAAUACUGCAACGUUUGAUGCGAAAAAUAAUCAUUGUAAUACGUUAGUAACGACAUUUCUGAGUGUACUAUCCUUUGGUUUUUUCUCAAUCGCAAAAAGGUACCAAGUAGUAAGAUUCGACAUAGACGAUAAAAGCGUAUAUACCAACAACAAUCUAAAACACCAGGUGUUUCCAUGCGUGUCGUUUAAAUGUCUUCUUCGUAUUUCUAAUUUUUUUUUUAUUUCUAAUAUAUGUAUUUUAAGAAAAGGGUCUUCGCUGUUAUAUUUCUCGCAACGUUUUUUUUAUCCACUUUAUUACUGGUUCCUUACACGUUGGAAUGGAAAUGACGGGGUUGAUGUUUAGUGUUGAAUAAAAUAUAUUUGGAAUCCGAGAUUUUAUCAUUGUGACGAUCUCUCUCAAGAUCCUGAAUAUCUUGAUUAAAUUUAUGUUAAACUAAAUAUGACAAACGUAAGUUAGCAUAUACAUACACGUGACAACUGUACAAAAAGAAAACGAAAGUAUCUUCCGUUUGUGGCUCCUCUAUUGGUUGGAUAUACGGGUAUAUUUUCUUAAAUGCGAGUUAUAUAUUAUAAGAGCUUUGUGUGGAUCGCUUGAUAAAUUAAAGUUGUAACAAACUUAACGGUUUAUAUUAUUUUCGAUCUAGUGAUACUGCGCACCUUUGUAAGAUUCGUCAAAUGUAAUGAGCCACAAAAUAUAGUUAAAUUUAAUGUCGAUACUUAAAUACGAUUAAUAAUAAUUGCUACUAUGCAAGGCAGAUGUCAGAUUUGUCUUACUGCCGUGUAACGAAGUACAAGAACACAUGGUCCCGCGGAGUCCUGACUUUAUUCGUCUCUUGUCUCCUAGCGGAAACUACUUUUACUUUCAGGUGGCAUCACUUUCAUGUAAUCAUAACGAUAUAAUUUUGUCAUUCAAUUCUCAGAGAUUAUCUAAAAAUAAUGUUAAGCUCCAGUUGAUCUGUUCAUAGCUGCUCACUGUAUCCAGAUGUCAUCGCGACAAAUCGGUAAUUUUAACAAUGAAUUAUGUGAUUAGUUGCAUGUUAGCUUCACGGAAUCGGUCCUACAUUUAUCGUGAACGAGUUUAUUUAUUUCAUAAUGUAAGAAAAUGAAAACAAAGUAAUGCCACCAUCUAAGCUUCGUACAAAAUACAUUCUAUCUACGUGCCCGAAAUCGCGUCGAAGAUCAUGGAAAACAUCGUCGUGACUUUCUGGAGAGAAGGGAAGGGAUCGCCUUCGACACGAAGAGAACUCUUACACAGACGUGGAUACGUAUCGAGGAUAUCCGGGCAUUCGCGAUUCAUGACUCCUGCUUGAGCGAUUAAUCCUAAACGCGGCGCAAAACGAAUAUUAUUUUGUCUGUAACGAAACGAUAGAUUUUAUUAUCAGUGUGUAGACAAAUAUUUCGAGAGCGAUCCUUGCAAAUAUCCGCCACUGGUGAUUUUUAUGACAUAAUUUGAAUAUUCUCAAAUUAAAAAAAAAUUUAAUAUCGCUCAAGAUCAAAGGCUCAGAGCAGAGACAAUUUCCCAUUUGAAUAAUCGGCAAACAUCAUCCACAAUUAAAUUCUUUCGCGUUAUCUCGCCGUCAAUCUACAACUACUAUCUAUUGUCGAUCUGUUCUACUGUGCUAUCCCGUCGCUGAUACCUUCGCGACGAAAUCUCCGUCCUCGUAAGAAAAAAUACGUCGAUUAUUGUAUCCGAGUCAACGUUAGCACGUACAAUAUAAUUGGAUUACCGCGAUUACCGCAUAUAAUAACGUGUUGACAUACUAAUUGGUCGUCAAACGCAUACUAAGCUCGACUGAUCUACUAUUAAACGAAGACACGUGGUUGGUUGUUGAUUGUAUUGUACAUUGAGAUACCCGAUAUGCGUUUUAUGAGAACCACUUGCGUGCCGCUUGAUCCGGGAUAAUUCGCACACGACACUAUAAUUUACGGCGUCUAAACUGGCGCGUCAUAAAGAUAGUCUUUAAUUUUCAAGACACGAUGUCAUUUUGGUUCUUUGUGUUGUUUGGGAAUGAUUUUACGACGGAUGGCGCGGCGAUAUGACGCGUUAAACAUCCACGAAAUGUUCCUCGAGAUAGAUCCCCAGCGAUCCUGCUCGUGAUAGCAAUCAAAUGCGCGCUCGUUACGUUCCAUCGUGUUAUCUUAACGCCUAAUAUUAAGAACUAACGCCUGUUACAACACGCGUCUUUCGACGCGCCAAAUGACGCCGUUAAUAAUCCUUGUGUCAAAGAAAUCUUAUCGGGUUAUGCAUAUGUACACUGAUUGCAAUCGAUAAGGCGCUGAAGGAUGAAAUUAUGAGCCGCCCAUUCGAGCGGAUCGUCCUCUUC